AUGUCUCGUAGCUUGGAACCUGAGAACCUACCUGAGACCAAUCCCUUCAGCGAGAACCCCGAUCCGAAUCUUCAAGCCAGCUCUCGCGGUUAUUCGUGGCCGGUCUCGAUGUCCCGUGGCUUGGGAUCUGAGAACCUGACCAAGACCAAUCCCUCCAGCGAGAGCCCCAGCGAGGAGCAGGCGCAGAAGCUCCACGACAAGCACAACAAAUUCAUGCGCAAGAAAGGCCAGUUCAACGAUCAGCAGCGUAGAGCCCCGUAUAGAGUUCGCAAGCUCAAGACUGGCACGAUGCUGGUCCGUGGUCCUGGCGUCACGAGCAAGACGUAUACUACAAUUCGCUUAACAGGUUUUAUCCUCGAGAAUACUGAUCACUGUGUCUUUAUUGGCCCGCAGAACCAUGAAGUCUCAGAUUACAUUAGCGAGAAGGCCGAGGAAGAGCGUCUCGAUCCAUUGCGCCUAGCUACUGUUUCUAUUUCUAGUCUCGAUACCUAG